AUGGGUGAUAAUGGAGAUAUGAAAGAUUAUGAAGAUUUAUCAGCUGGUUUAAAUUCGAAAUCUUUCAUGGAGUCUCAUUUAGAUAAGAUGAAAUUUCCAUCUUCACCAACAACUCCAACUUCAGUUCUCCCAGAUUAUCCCGCUAUUGAAUCUUCUGAAGAUUGCUCGAUUGUUGCCUUUUCUACACCUUUUCUGUUGCCUCUACGUGUUAAUGCCAUAAAGAAACUAAGUCCCAUUGAUGUAAAGCGCUUGUCUAUUCACAUGUAUUCUCAUGUAGCUCAACAAGUAGCUAACACCUUCGAUCAGAUAGAAGAAUCCAAGAAGAACUCUGAAUUAACUAAUGAUUAUGUGGUGCUGGUUGCCAAUCCACCAACGCCACCACUACUAUCACCUUCACCACCAUCACCACUCCCACCAGUAUCACCUCCUCCACCUCCACCACCCCCUAUGAGUACAAGUCGUAUACAGACACCACAUCCACUUCCUCAAACACCUCCUCCCCUUCCUCCACCUCCACCUCCGCCUCCCUCAAGCACAAUUCAAACAGUGACACCACAGCAACUCCCUCCACCACCACCACCACCAAUGGUUUCACGAGAUGCAACCAUAACAAGACUAUCCCUUGGAAAACAAGGUCCACCUCCACCACCACCACCUCCCAUGACACCAAGAACCAUCCCUCCGCCACCACCAAUUCUACAAGGAAAAGGCGGUGCUCCACCACCACCUCCUCCUAUUGGUGGCACCCAAUCUCUACGAGCUAAAGCAACUACAAAAUUAAAAAGAUCCUCUCAGAUGGGAAGUCUCUAUCAUCUUCUCAAAGGAAAAAUUGAAGGGUCUAGUUUGGAUGCUAAAUCCUUAAAGAGAAGUAGCAGCAAAGUUGGAGCUGGUUCUUCUGGUGGAAGUGGAAAGCAAGGAAUGGCUGAUGCACUAGCAGAAAUGACAAAAAGAUCAUCUUACUUCAUUCAAAUUGAAGAAGAUGUCAAAAACUAUGCAAAUUCAAUCAAAGAAAUGAAAGCAGCUCUAAGUUCAUUCCAAACAACAAACAUGGCUGAGCUUAUCAAGUUCCACACAUAUGUUGAAUCACAUAUGGAGAAACUUACUGAUGAAACCCAGGUUCUUGCAAGGUUUGAAGAUUUUCCUAGUAAAAAGUUAGAAGGAUUAAGAAUGGCUGCAGCCCUAUAUGCAAAGUUAGAUACAAUAGCUACUACUUUGCAUAAUUGGAAGAUAGAGUCUCCAGCAAACCAACUCAUUGAUAAAGUCGAAGCUUACUUUAACAAGAUUAAAGGAGACUUGGAUACUCAAGAACGAACAAAAGACGAUGAUCUCAAGAAAUUUAAAAGUCAAAACAUCCAUUUUGACUUUGGGAUCCUUGUAAGAAUUAAAGAAUUGAUGGUGGAGGUUUCUUCAAAUUGCAUGGAGUUGACAUUAAAGGAAGCAAGAGAACCGAAAGGAAAAGAACAUGAAAAAAGUGGGGUGAAAAGUUCGGGGAAAAUACUUUGGAGGGCUUUUCAGUUUGCAUUUCGGGUGUAUACAUUUGCAGGUGGACAAGAUGAUCGUGCGGAUAGUUUAACAAGGGAACUUGCAAAGGAAAUAGAGACCCACCCUUAAUUUCUAAAAAGAAUUAAACCUUUCAUUUUGAGACAUGCCAAAAUAGCACCAUAUAUUUGAAGGUUUGGAAAGAUAUAUACGGGUUUGGGAUCCUUUCAAGCUUAGCAACUAAACAAAUAUCUCGCACAUAAAUCACUACUACAACAAUAAUUAUUUGUAUCGACUAAAAAGUCUAAAUAUGACACGAUUAACCAAUGGUGCCAAAUGGGGCGGAAAUGGAUGCAAGACAUUCACAUGGUUGCAUGUCAACAAAAUAAGAAACUAAAAUCGUG